GGGAACGCAGCCACUUUCCAAAUACCUGGCCGUACCUUUCCGGUAGAAGUAUUUCACGCAAAAAACCCGGUGGAGGAUUACGUCGACGCAGCAGUGAAGCAAGUGAUGCAGACUCACUUGCAGCCGCGGUCAGGCGACGUGCUAAUUGUCAUGCCCGGUCAGGAGGAUAUCGAAGUCACGUACGACGUCCUGGAAGAACGUCAGUCCGCUCCCCCGCUGUCGAUUUUACCGAUUUACUCGCAAUUGCCGUCGGACCUCCAGGCGAAGAUCUUCCAACGUUCGGAGGGAGGUUUAAGGAAAUGCGUCGUGGCCACGAACAUCGCUGAAACCUCGUUGACCAUAGAUGGAAUCGUGUUCGUCGUGGAUUCCGGUUACUGCAAGCUGAAGGUUUACAACCCUCGGAUCGGUAUGGACGCCUUGCAAGU